AUGGGAUCUGCGCAUAAGUCACGGCUAGUCGUUCCUAAACCGGUAAACUUGCCGUCUUUGCGGCGAGAGCACGCAGGAAACGACCCAUCCGUGUCCCUGGUCCAACCCACGGGCAUUGGAUCGGGCUGGCAGAAACCUGUUCUCGUUUCAGACGGACCCGCUAGUGAUUCCUCGUCCACCAAACCACUGGGGUCCACGUCAUCGCCCUCUGACGUCAAUGCUGCUUCGGGACAGCACGGAUUCCAAUCUUCCGCGAUUUCCGCAGCAGAUUCCGGCGAUGCUUCCCGUGCCUCUCGUCCGGGGGUGUAUCAACCCCCAGGAGCUAGAUCCGGAAUUGGAAUGGCAACUGCAGCACCUUCCGCGAAAUCUGCUCCUCCCGGGCGCCAGAACGAGCCAUCCAUCAUCAGCGGGGAGGACUUCCCGUCGCUCGAAACUGCCAAGAAGGUGCUGGCGAAGGAGCACUCUCGGGGAAAGAGCCCCCAGCCGCCCGUACCCUCAGGGGGGAGCUCUGGCAAUAAAACGGACGCUUCAGGGGAACACGACAACGGUCGCCGAAGCAGCGUCGCAGGGCAGGAGACAGGUGCGGGGCCAGAAAGCGGGGGCAGUCGAAGCAGCAGGGGAGGUACGGGAGCUAUGGGAGGUCUGGGAGGUAUGGGAAGCAUGGGGCGCUGGGCGGAUGACGAGCCUGAUCAAGAGCAGGACGAUCGAGCGCCGCUUGGAAAAACUUCUUUGAGUCGAGACAGACAAGAGGAGCCGAAUUUCCCCCCUCGCGGAUCCGGCGACGGCGGGCCUAUGCGACCGGAUCCGUUCGCAGGGCCCAUGCGACCGGAUCCGUUUCGCCUGCCGUCGCCGCCCCGUCGCAUGUGGGCCGACGACGAGCGAGAUUCGGGUCCUCCUCGCGGUGGCCCUGGUCCGAGGGGCAACGCGCCCGGUUAUUAUGGCGACUCAAGGGGUCCUGCUGAUUCCAGAGGGCCGGGACCCGGCGGGUACUUCGACGAAAGGGGUGGGCGGGACGCAGGAGGGUUUGGGGGACCGGGUAACUGGGACGGACCGCCGCCUUAUGGUAUGGGUGCAGGGCACAUGGGUCCUGGCCCGAUGGGUCCAGGUUCGAUGCAUCCAGGCGCUAUGGGGCCAGGCCCGAUGGGUCCAGGUUCGAUGAAUCCAGGUGCGAUGGGCCCAGGGCAGAUGGGCAGGGGACGGGGGUAUAUAGAUGGGCCUCCAGGGGGGGGUAUGGGGCGUGGGGGGCGUGGCGGUGGGGUUGGGGGUGGUGGGGUUGGAGGUCCUGGGUAUCAGCCUGAUUUCGACCGCUUCGGCCCGGGAUUUCCGGGGCGGGGAGGCGGAUUUGGCGGCGGAUUCGGCGGCGGAUUCGGUGGCGGGUUUGGCGGUGGGCGUGGCGAUCUGCAUUCGCGGUCGUUCGGCCCGGGGGGGGCGCGUGAGCGUGGGGAAAGGUUUAUGGGAGGUGACGUGUUCGGUGACGUGUCAUUGCCUCGGCCGGAGUUCCAGUCUCUGCCACGUGUCGGCGUGGAGCCGCCUCCUAGCUUGGCUCUCCUUGCGCUGUCGCGGAAAAAGAAGGAGGACGCGGAAGCCGCCGCCGCCGCCAGCGAAUUUCGGGAUUUGGAGCGGGAGAGGUUCGAGGCGGAACUAGAAAGGGUUCAGAAUCAGAAGGAGCAGGAGAAGCAGAGGAAGGAGGAGGAGGAGCAGCGGGCGAUGGAGAUGGCGCGGCAGCAGGAGGAGGAGAUGGUGCGGAAGGCGCGGGAGGAGGAAGAGCUGCGCGCGCGCGCGGAGCAGGAGGCACGGGAGGCGGAACUGCGCGCGCAGAUGGAGGCGGAAGCCGCGGCGCGGAGGCUGGAGGAGGAGCGGCGGAAGGUGCAGGAGGAGAAGCAGCGGAUCCGGGACGAGGAGGAGAGGCGGAAGGAAAACGCGCGGAAGAAGCUGCAGGAGCUUGAAGAUAGAAUUGCGAGAAGACGAGCGGAGGAGGAGGCGAGACGAGCGGAGGGGGGAGGCGACGGGGAGGGAGAUUCGAAGGAGGAGCAGGAGCAGGAGAAGGAGAAGGAGCAGGAACAGGUGGCAGAUAGCUGGGAAGACUCGGAUAGGGCAGACGCUGCAGCAGAGGCGGCAGAGGCAGCGGCAGCUGGCGGUAAGGCAGACGCGGCAGCGGGUAGGGCCGAAGGGCAGGUGUUAGUGGAGGUGGGUGGCGCAACGGCGGAAGUCUCGGAAACUGUGAAGCAGGAGGUAUUGGAUCAAGCGGGGGCGGAGGCUGGAAGCUUGGAGGAUGGCCAGGGGAACGCAAGUCGAGGGGAAGGGAAGUCGGCGGGAGAAGGCGCGGGGUUGGGGCAAGUGACGGUGGAAGCGGAAAGCGAUGCGGAGAAGCAGGAGCGCGGGGGAGCAGAGGCGCAAAACGAGCAGCAGGUGCAGCAGCAGCAGCAGGCGGCGGCGGCGGCGGGGGAGGCGGGGGAGCAAAACAAGGGGGGCUCGCCGGAGCUCCCCCCUGGGGCGGAGUUGCGCGGAAUGGAUCCGUACCAUGCGCCGUACCCCUCUAGGCACCCCGGCGCAGGCCCCAUGCUCUCGUCCUUUGCCUACAAUCAACCGCUCGCGCGCUAUCCUGGAUCGCACAUAGACUCGCACGGGUCGCAGGAGCGUUAUUUAGGCGAAAGGCAGCAGGAUAUGUGGGGAGUGGGGGGUAUGGGGGAGAUGGGCGGGAUUGGGCGGGAUUUUGGUGGCGCCGGGGGGAAUGGCGGGGAAUUAGGGUUUGCGCCUUGGAAGAUGCACCAGCAGUUUUUCCCGCCGGGGAUGAUUGGCCCCGGGGGGGGUUUCCCCGGUGCUUCGCAUCUCCUGGUCCCCCCUCACGCGCCCCCGCAUGCGCAGCUUCACGCGCACCCGCACCACGCGCAUCCCCACCACGCGCACGCGCACGCGCAUCACUCCGCGCCCGGUAUGCCCCUUCCGCAGCAGCACCACCUGCACGGGCAGCAACCCCCUCUGCUGCACCGCCCCGUCACCAUCUCCCCCCCGUCCUCCUCGUUCUUUGGCAACGGGGACAUCACGCGCGGGUUUCACAUGCUCGGGGGCGGCGCCGCAGGCGGGGGGGCGCAUGCCGCCAUGGGGAUGGGCGGGGGAGGGGCAGGGGGUGGGGGAGGGCCGUUCGCGGGCCCGCCAGGCGGAGCUCCCUUGGGUGCGCCGCUCCAGUACUUUGAUAAGUCUGUAGGGCCCACACCCAUGCGGAACCAGUACAUCGGCGGACCAGGCCCCGUGGGGCGCUUUCCGCCAGGCAACCCCAUAGGCGCGGUUGGCGCAGCUGCGGGGGGAGGGGGCGGGAUGGGGCGCGCGGUGGGGGUGGUGGGGGAGCCUGGGGGACUGGGCCCCGCAGGGCUGGGGGGGAGGCAGUAUCAAGAGCGCAGGGGGGAUGGCCAGGGUGGGGAUUACUAUGGGCGGGAGGAAGGCGGACUGGGGGCCGUGGAUGGGGGCAUGGGCGGAAGGGAUAGGCGUCCGCACCUCCCCUCAUCCUCUGCUGCCUCUCUCGCUCCCAUUGCUCCUACUGCCUCUUCCCCUAUUUCCCGGUCCCCCAUUGGCCCAGACCCUUCUGUGGGCCUGUCCUCUCCUUCCCAGUCCCUUCCCCAGGCGCUCGCCCCAUCCCUCCCCCAAACUCUUCCCCCCUCUCUUCCCCCAACCCUCCCCGCGCAUACUGUUGACGCGUUUGAGUCUGGCUCGUCCUCAUACCCGUCUGUGUCAUCCUCGUUUGUGUCUGCUUCAUCAUCUUCACAGGGAAUCCCGUCUGUAGCACAGUCAGGAGUGGCCCCUUAUAUGAUCCAAAUCGGCUCCAUGCCCAUUCCUUUCAGCAUGGGCUCUCUCGGGCAGGAUGAAAACAAUUCCGGCUCUCAGCUGCCCGUUUUCCAGUUCGGGCAGAUUGGCGUGCCAGCGUCGUCGCCUUCCCCGAUCCUGGAUGGAUCGAUGGCCGAAGCUCUUUUAGGUAUGGAUGUGGGAGGGCAUGUAGGGGCAGGCAUGGGGAAUUCGGCAGUAGGAGGGGUGGCUUCAGGUCCACACCAGCAAAUGCAGCUGGAACUGCAGCAGCGGCAGCAGCAGUUGGUUCUGGGCGCGGGGGGAGGGGCGGCCAAGACAGGGAAUCCGCGGGCAGAGGUCCGGCGGCGGAAGGCCAGGGCUAUGGCGGUAGAUCGGGGGCGUGGGGAGGCGGAGGGGGGGGCGGAGGGGGAGGGGGAGGCAGGGGAGGGGGAGGGUACGGAGGGGGAAGAGGGGGAGCGCAGGAUUGGCAAGGGAGGGGGCAAGGGGGGCGGUGGGGGUAUGGGGAGAGCCGAGGGGGUGGGAGGUGGCAGGGAGGAAGGGGAGGGAGAGGGAGAGAGGGGGGAGGGGGAGCAGCGGGUGGGGGCAGUUGGAGGCCACGGGGGGGAGCAGAGGGUUCUGGUGGUGGGCGGGGGGAGGAGAGGGGAGGUAAGGCUAUGA